GGGAGGCAGCUGCAGUGCUGCAAGGGGUGCGUGCGCGUGUGCCCGCCGCCUCCCGGCUCCGUCUGCGCUCCGUGCGCUGGGCACAGGGGCCGGAGGGUCGGAGCCGGAGCGGCGCCGGUGGCCCAGGCCUCGCUUCCCGUGGGCGCCCGGCUGCCCUGUGUCCAGAGUGCACGGGUAGGGUGCAAGACCCGGGCUGCGCUGCCGCUCCUACUGCUUAAGCCCUGCCUGUCUCCCUUUCCAUUGAGUUUUGCUGCCGAGGGUGCCCAUCAAUGGUCCUGCCCAGGGAUGCACACGCAGCUCUUGGCCGGAGGGGGGUAGCAGCCGCCACCUCCAGGUGCAGGCUCUGCUGCUGCUGCCACCCGCUGUCACUGCCACUCGAGCCCCAGGCGCGCUGAGGUCCUGGCCAUGGGGCUGCAGUUGCUGGCGUGAGAAGGGGCGACAGAAUUGCCGCUCUCAGGGUCCCCCGCUGCCUGCAUGGAUGUCUUCAGCUUUGUGAAGAUUGCAAAGCUCUCAAGCCACAGGACGAAGUCUUCAGGCUGGCCACCUCCCUCAGGAACCUGGGGCUUGAACCAGGUGCCGCCCUAUGGAUGGGAGAUGACGGCGAACCGAGAUGGGCGAGACUACUUCAUCAGUCACAUGACACAAGCAAUCCCAUUCGACGACCCUCGGUUAGAGAGCUGCCAAAUCAUCCCUCCGGCUCCUCGGAAGGUGGAGAUGAGGAGGGACCCAGUGCUGGGAUUUGGCUUUGUGGCAGGGAGUGAAAAGCCAGUGGUCGUUCGCUCAGUAACACCAGGAGGCCCGUCGGAAGGCAAGCUGAUCCCAGGAGAUCAGAUUGUAAUGAUUAACGAUGAGCCGGUCAGUGCUGCACCCAGAGAGCGGGUCAUCGACCUGGUCAGAAGCUGCAAAGAAUCGAUACUCCUGACUGUCAUUCAGCCUUAUCCUUCUCCCAAAUCAGCAUUUAUUAGUGCUGCAAAAAAGGCAAGAUUAAAGUCCAAUCCAGUCAAAGUACGCUUCUCUGAGGAAGUCAUCAUCAAUGGCCAAGUGUCGGAAACUGUUAAGGACAACUCACUUCUGUUUAUGCCAAAUGUUUUGAAAGUGUAUCUGGAAAAUGGACAGACCAAAUCAUUUCGCUUUGACUGCAGCACCUCCAUAAAGGAUGUCAUCUUAACCCUUCAAGAGAAGCUCUCCAUCAAAGGCAUCGAACACUUCUCCCUCAUGCUGGAGCAGAGGACGGAAGGGGCUGGAACGAAGCUGCUCUUGCUUCAUGAACAGGAGACUCUAACUCAGGUGACACAGAGGCCCAGCUCCCAUAAGAUGAGGUGUCUUUUCCGAAUUAGCUUCGUCCCAAAGGAUCCAAUUGACCUUUUAAGGAGAGAUCCGGUCGCGUUUGAGUAUCUCUACGUUCAGAGCUGUAACGAUGUCGUUCAGGAGCGAUUUGGGCCAGAGCUGAAAUAUGACAUAGCCCUGCGGCUGGCAGCCUUGCAAAUGUACAUCGCCACCGUCACCACCAAGCAAACGCAGAAAAUCUCCCUCAAAUACAUAGAAAAAGAAUGGGGAUUAGAGACUUUUCUACCCUCUGCUGUGCUGCAAAGCAUGAAAGAGAAGAACAUAAAGAAGGCACUUUCACACCUUGUCAAAGCAAAUCAAAACUUGGUACCACCGGGUAAAAAGCUUUCUGCACUGCAAGCCAAGGUCCAUUAUCUCAAGUUUCUCAGUGACCUGCGAUUGUAUGGCGGCCGUGUGUUCAAGGCAACAUUAGUGCAGGCAGAAAAGCGCUCGGAAGUGACUCUCCUGGUUGGACCCCGGUAUGGGAUCAGCCAUGUCAUAAACACCAAAACCAAUCUGGUGGCCCUUUUAGCUGACUUCAGCCAUGUCAACAGAAUCGAAAUGUUUCCUGAGGAGGAGAGCUCAGUGAGGGUGGAGCUGCACGUCCUCGAUGUGAAGCCUAUCACACUCCUGAUGGAGUCCUCAGAUGCCAUGAAUCUGGCCUGCCUCACUGCUGGAUACUACAGGCUGCUUGUGGACUCCAGAAGGUCCAUAUUUAACAUGGCCAACAAGAAAAACACAGCACCCCAAGAAACAGGAACCGAAAAUAAAGGAAAGCAUAAUCUGCUUGGCCCAGAUUGGAACUGCAUACCCCAAAUGACCACCUUUAUUGGUGAAGGAGAACAAGAAGCCCAGAUAACAUACAUAGAUUCCAAACAGAAGACGGUUGAGAUCACAGAUAGCGCCAUGUGUCCAAAAGAGCACCGGCACUUGUUCAUGGGCAGCACCUAUAACGCAGAUGAACUUGGCCAGCCACUGGUGCAGCCCGGGGAGGCCCCCUGUGAGGCAGACUACAGAAGUCUAGCACAGCGGUCCCUGCUGACCCUCUCAGGACCAGAAACUCUGAAGAAAGCACAGGAAUCUCCCAGAGGAGCCAAAGUGUCCUUUAUUUUUGGAGACCUUGCGUUGGAUGAUGGUAUGAGUCCCCCCACUCUCGGCUACGAAACCCUGUUAGAUGAGAGUCCAGAAAUGCUGGAGAAGCAGAGGAACCUCUGCAUCAGCAGUGCCAACGACAUGAAGGGCCUGGGUCUGCCUCCCGACGCAGAGGGCAUCCAGUUUGUAGCAAAUUCUGUUUACGCAAACAUAGGCGAUGUGAAGAACUUCCAGGCCACCGAGGGGAUCGAGGAGCCCCUCUUGCACGACAUCUGCUACGCGGAGAACACCGAUGACGUAGAGGACGAGGACGAGGUGAGCUGUGAGGAAGACCUCGUGGUGGGGGAGAUGAACCAGCCGGCCAUCCUCAGCCUAUCUGGCUCAAGUGAUGACAUCAUCGACCUCACGUCUCUGCCCCCUCCGGAAGGUGAUGACAAUGAGGAUGACUUCCUCCUGCGUUCCCUGAACAUGGCCAUCGCCGCACCUCCACCUGGCUUCAGAGACAGCUCGGAUGAAGAGGACUCUCAGAGCCAAGGAGCUUCCUUCCGCGAGGGCAAGGACCAAGGCAACAGCCUGCAAAAUGAUGAGAUCCCCGUGUCCCUCAUUGAUGCCGUGCCCACCAGCGCCGAAGGCAAGUGUGAGAAGGGACUAGAGAGUGCCGUGGUCUCCACGCUGGACGCUCUGGAAGCUCUAUCUGUGUCCGAAGAACAGCAGACCAGUGACAAUUCAGGUGUGGCCAUCUUGCGGGCUUAUAGUCCUGAGUCUUCGUCAGACUCGGGCAAUGAAACUAACUCUUCUGAAAUGACUGAGAGUUCUGAACUGGCCACCGCACAAAAGCAGUCAGAAAACCUCUCUCGCAUGUUCUUGGCCACUCACGAAGGCUACCACCCCCUUGCAGAAGAGCAGACGGAAUUCCCCACUUCCAAACCCCCGGCUGGGGCCUUGCCUCCGAAGUCCUCCCAUGCCCUGGCUGCUCGGCCCGCGACCGACCUCCCCCCCAAAGUUGUGCCUUCCAAGCAGAUACUUCACUCGGACCACAUGGAGAUGGAGCCUGAAACCAUGGAGACCAAGUCGGUCACUGACUAUUUUAGCAAACUGCACAUGGGGUCAGUGGCGUAUUCCUGCACCAGCAAAAGGAAAAGCAAGCUGGCCGACGGGGAGGGGAAAGCGCCCCCUAGUGGGAACAUGCCGGGAAACAAACAGCAGGGGACCAAAACCGCGGAGCUGGAGGAGGAGGCCAGUGGUAAAUUUGGUACUGUAUCCUCGAGGGACAGUCAACACCUAAGCACUUUUAACCUGGAGAGAACUGCCUUUCGCAAGGACAGCCAAAGAUGGUAUGUGGCCACAGAAGGCGGGGGGGCUGACAAAGGUGGAUUGGAGGCAGCCACGGGCAAGACCUUCCCACGAGCUUCUGGGCUCGGGCCGAGGGAGGCUGAAGGAAAGGAAGGGGCCCCUGAUGGAGAAGCCACUGAUGUUUCGGGACUCGGCCAAGGGGACCGCUGCUUAACUGAUGUGACCUGUGCAUCUUCAGCGAAAGACUUGGGUAACCCAGAGGAUGCUGAUUCAUCCACCUGCGACCAUCCCUCCAAGCUUCCCGAGGCAGAAGAAAACGUAGCCCGCCUCUGUGACUACCACUUGGCCAAGCGCAUGUCGUCACUGCAAAGUGAGGGCCACUUUUCUCUGCAGAGCUCCCAAGGCUCUUCCGUGGAUGCAGGCUGUGGCACUGGCAGCAGUGGCAGUGCCUGCGCCACUCCCGUGGAGUCACCACUCUGCCCCUCCAUGGGGAAGCACCUAAUCCCUGAUGCUUCUGGGAAAGGCGUGAGUUACGUUCCUUCAGAGGAGCGAGCUCCUGGCCUUCCAGGCCAUGGAGCCACCUUUAAGGACCUGCACCCACAGACGGAAGGGAUGUGCCCGCGGAUGACAGUGCCUGCUCUGCACUCAGCCAUUAAUGCCGAACCCCUGUUUGGCACUUUGAGAGAUGGAUGCCAUCGGCUCCCCAAGAUUAAGGAAACCACAGUGUAGCUUUGACAGAGCCUGGGAAGGAGAGACGAGGAGGCAUGCCUUCAGCUUGGUCUCAACAUCCUGAAGCUGAUCCCAUCCUGCUACCAUCAAACAUUCACUCGGAAUCAAAGGUGCCAAUUCCAAAUCAAGACCCUAAUGAUUUCUCUCAAGCAAACCAAGCAUAUGGAGAGGCUGUGAGCUGGCAGCCAGCAGAUCUGAGAGGGGGGAGCCUCAGGACACCCCCUAGCCAGAGAGCUCUGAAACAUAGCAGCAGUAUCCUCUUAGGAUCUGUAGGUUUGGAGACCUUCCGAGAGAGAACCAGGGGUGCAGUCAGCUUAAAGUGUCCAGGCAUCACAGAAGCACAGGAGGCCAGUUCGGAAAGGCAAGCAGAACUCCCCCUGGGGAAGAAGCUCACCAAAAGUUUUUCCCAAAGCUCGAUGCACUUGAGCUCUGAGGGGAAGUUUCACAAAAGAUCCCCAGUGGCUCAUAAAGACUCCAAGCUGUAUAGGACAUUACCCUUGCGGAAGCUGGAGGGCAGCAAUUGGAGAUGCCGGGGGCCCUUCAGCUACUGCUUCCUCAACCGAGGGCAGGAUGAAGAUGAUGAAGAGAAAGAGGAGGGAGAGGCCACCCACCAGGUCUCUUGCCUCUACCGACCCCAGAUGACUCAGGCCAUACCAGAACCAGCCAGCCUCUCCCCGGCUGUUGAGAUUCAGAAUCAAGGAGGGGAGCUGUCCAGGGGUCCAGUGCUGAAGGUCUGGGCAGAAGACCUGAGUGGCCCAGAUGACUUGGACUUCAGCAACCUGGCUUUUGAUGCCCGGAUUGCAAGAAUAAAUGCCCUAAAAGAGAGCACAUAUGCAAUGCCUGAUGGGUUCCUCGCAGCCCAGAAUGAUGCCAAUGAGCUGCUCUGCCUCGUCAGGGCGACCAAGGGGAAGAGAGAGGAGUCACGCCCCGAGGCGUACGACCUUACCCUUUCCCAGUACAAGCAACUAUUAUCCAUCGAGUCCAGACAGUUGGGAAGUGCCUGUAGGAAAAUGGCGAUGGCCGAGAAAAGCCCAGAGGAGAUGCUCCUAGCUAUGACUUCCAGCUUUCAAGUGCUCUGUUGCUUAACAGAAGCUUGCAUGCGAUUAGUUAAAGUCGUAAACUCAGAGACACAGCAGCAGGAAAUUGUAGGGAAGAUCGAUGAAGUGGUCAUAAACUACAUUUGUCUCCUAAAAGCUGCCGAGGCAGCCACCGGAAAGACUGGGGACCCUAAUGUUGGACUCUCUGCGCGACAUUCAACCACCAUGGCCACUCUCGUAAGCACACUAACACGUUCUCUCAAGAGGCUUUUAAAUAAAUAAAUAUGAAAGUCACGUCAUAAUCUACCUUUGCAAAGCCAUACAUGAACUUUUCUUUACUUUCCGUGUAUGAUGAACAGAUGUCUCCUUUCUUCUCUCUGUAUAUUUUGUUAUUUUAUAUAAAAUAGAAGAUAAAAGUCACACUGAUGAAACGUUGAAGCGUACUAAUCAAAUGUAUUCUGUUUAUAUUACGCAUAUUUAGACAUAAAAGAAAUAUCCAAGAAAGUGAUGACAUUUGGCUAUUUUUCAUAUAGUCAAGACUCCAGGUAUAUGAUGUAAAAUUUUAAAUUAUACCAUGUUAGAGCAAAACAACGAAUCCUUUCCCCUUUCUUUCCAAGCAGACACUUGGAGACCAGAUCAUUCAUAUUUAGAAGUUAAAAAAAAAAUCAAAAGAAAUCACAGUGUAUAUAAAAAACAGUACUUAUGUUUUAAAAUUAUGAUUUUUUAGCAUUGGAAAUAGGUUUAAAAGACAUUUAAAAUCCAAGCAGUUAUUAUGAAUUACUAGAGAAUAUAUCUAUAAUAAAUUAAUUUUUUGCUCAUAGAGUUUGGUUAUUGGAUGCUUUCUUCCAAGAAUCCCACAUGUUUAAUUUGGGUUUAUGCUAUUGGUCUAUAAAUGGGUGGGGGGAUGGAUUCUGUGUCAACACAAACACUCUUCACAAUGUUUCUAGAAUUUAAAUACCUCCCAAAUAGAAAACUAGAGGGAACGAUGGGCAGGUUCCUAGGUCAUACCUAGAGUUAUAGAUUAUCUCGUUACAUUAAAAGUAUGGAAUAAAUAACACCCAAAUUAAUUAUUUUAUAGAGAGAUCUGCUUUGACUAAAUGUCAAAAAUCUAUGAACCAAAGACAUUAUUUUUCCUCCAUGCCAACUCAACCAUGAAACUUAACAUUCCCUUUAGAAUGACAGACACUUAGCAAAAUAUCUGCAAACUUACAAAAAGGAACAUUUAAUAUUAGAUCAUCAAAAUUAAGUGCAGACCCAGUAAUGUAGACCAGACCACACGCCAGCACCUAUGAGUCACAUCUCAGAUCACAGCUCUCAGCACAGGGCUUCAUGUUUCACCCCCUCUGCAAGGGCCAAGGCUGCCAAGCAAAUUUGGAAUUACAGCCUCAUAUGAGGACAAAAUCUAAAAUCUGGGAUGUUACAGGAAAUCAAGAAGAGAUGGUUACUCAUAAUGGAAGCCAUGAUUAGAUAAAUAGUAAAGUGUCUAAGUAUAUACUUAUCUGGAUUUGCUGAUUAAAAAUACAAAAUCUGAAAAAGAAAACAGAAGUGGUAAGUUUCAUCAGUUCCAAUGAAACUGACGAAAUGCAAAGAAGUUUUCAGGAGCGUCAUCUCUCCCCAAAUAUCCUGUAAUCGGAAAAUAAAGUCAUUGUGUACAGAUGUAUUUCCUGGGUCAUUCAGUGCUCAUGCUACACAUAUUCCUACUUAUGUUGAGGGCUCCUUAGAAUAUGACAGGAGAACACCAGGGGCAAAUAUUGCCAUUUUUGUAACCUACUGGGCAGGAGGUGUAACACAGUCCACAACUGCAAUCUCUCUCUAGUCACCCAUUCCACCGAGACUAAACAACAAAACCCACGUGUUACCAGACGGCAGCAAAGGAAAGGGGUUUAGGUGUGUGUUAUUAUAAAUAAUGUUUAAUUAAAUAAUAAAACAUUAUUUCAUUACAAUUAUAAAUAUUGGUGUUUUGAUAUUGAGAGAUAUUAGUGGUCUUUACUGUGGAAAAUCUUAGUAAAUAUUCUGUGUACAAAAUUCCUGACCUAUUAAUAGGAUGUGUGCCCUGUCACUGUGCUUAACAUAUCAUCUAGAUUAUCUCAUUUAGUCAUCACAGCAGUCUGCUGGUUUGGACACUGUUCUUAAUUUCCUCCAGAGGCAAUGUGGUUGAGUAAAGAUAUAAGGUUUGGAGUCCGAAACAUCUUGAUUUAAGUUUUGACUCUGCCAUUUUCUAGCCCUUUCAUCUUGGAAAAGCUUUUUUCAAAGUUUCAAUUUCCUUGUACUAGUGGAAAUCAAUAACAUCUAUUUCCAUGAGGUGUCAUGAAUUUUGAGUAAAAUGAUGUGUGUAAACUGUUUACCGUGAUACCUGGCAGAGACUAAGUACUGAAUUGAUGUUAGAUAUUCUUAUCAUCAUAAUCAUGAUGUUAAAUAUAUUGCCCAAGAUAAUAUGUGGGGGAUGUUUGUUUUAUAUGCAUAUUGUAUCCUGACUCUGUAUGUAGAGCACAUUAUGUGUAUUUCAUAUAUAUAUAAAAGUGUACAAGGAAGUGAUGAUCCUUGUUCAAAUCACAUAUCUAGUUAGAACAACUUCCCGGUCCAUUUGAGUUCUUUGAGAAGCCUCAGGGAAAUAGCUCUGGGCCUUUCUAAUCCAUCUCCCAUUACCUGUGGCUGCGCCAGUAAGUUUCUGUUUCUUAUAAAUUCUUUGCUACUCAGAAAACCUCAAGGGGCCCUUGCAUUCACUACGCAUGGGGCUCCUAACUGGGGUCCAGGUCCACUAGAGUGUAGAAAAAAUAUAUUCAAAUGGUAUUUGUGCGUAUUUUUACCUAGCUUUUUUUAUGUUGUGUAUGUUUUAUAAUGGCAUAAUAGUACAGUGGUACAUGUACAUAAUUUUAAAUAAAUAAAUGAAUGAAUAAACAAAUAA